CCUCAUUUCGAUCCCUGGAGGCUUCCUUUUCACUUCGCAACCCCAGACCCAGACCCAGACCCUUUUUUUUCCCUCUCUUUUGUUUAUUUUUUAUCAAUCUUUUGCACGUCCAACAAAGAUACACGACUUGACUGACGGACGGACAUGAAAUCAAAGUAGCAUCUUGUCUUUAUUGUUGACCAUCAUACUCUCGCUCAUUCUUUUUGCAUUGCAUUCUUGUGUUUGUUGCUUCCGUGUUUUGCGUUACCGUCGGUCGGCACUUCCGGGUCGCGACAUCCUCUCGUUAAUACAGCACGCAAGCCACCUCCCGCCAGCGAUAAUCUGCAGCCUUCCGUUCGAUUCCUUUUCGACUGUUUGCAACCCGGUCGGUCCAAAAGUCAUUUCUAAUUAGCAGGCAAACCGUUGCCGGUGUUAACGAUCAAGGCAAUAUCGAUAUUCGAUCGUCUCGAAAUCCGAGUACGACAACAACAACCACGAUCCCUCCCAUUCCACGAUUUGAAACAAAUCGGGCGAUCGACCUGCCGCGCUAGGUCGCCCACAACAACAUCGAGCUCGAGACCACACCCACUACAAACGUUGGGACGCGAAUACCUGACUGUUCUCGUCGACAACCCGACAAACAAAACACGAUGAGGUCAACGCGGGUGUUGGGGGCCAUUUUGCUGCUGCUUGGCACGGCGGCAGCUCAAGCUCAAACGACAUCCACCAACGCUGCGACGACGACAUCCCAGUCAUCACAAUCGCCCUCACAGACAUCGACGACGAGUGGCAGAGGCAGCAGCCAGAGUGUGUCCCUGCCGCCCAUCAGCACCAGCACAAAUGUAGCAGCAGGAGUGACGGGACUUCCGACCCUAUCGAGGACCAGGGAUGCCGUUCCGACAUACCCUCCUCCGGCUGUGCCACCGACCUCCCAAGCACCCUUCAUGCAGCGCUCCAAUCUGCCCCAGGGCACCGUCUUUAUAGCCGUCGGCGCCAUCCUGGGUGCAUUCGGGUUGACCGUCCUGGUGUGGCGCGCCGUCAUAGCCUGCCUGCUGCACCGCGACGUCGAGCGAGCCGCCGCCGCCCAGCACAUGGCCACCAGCAAGGCCGCGUUUCCGGCCCCGCCCGCGCCAUUUUACAAGUCGUACAAUGACAGCGGCUCGAAUCCGAACCUGUUGUCUAGCAAUCCAGGUCUCACAGGCACCGGAGCCGGCGCCGGCGCUCCCGGCCAGUUCUCCUCGGCGUCGCUGGGCAGGGGCGUCCGCCGCACGAACCGCGGGCCAACGCCCUCUGCCACACCUUCUGCUUCGAACCUCUUCUUCUCCCCGACCGCCGCGCCUGGCCAGGCCGGCAGUGGCAGCAACCGGGACAGCCGCUUCCUUCCAUCGGGCUUCUACGCCGCGGGUGCAGGCCAGUCGUCGCCCGGCGCGCCGCGCCACGAGCACAACAUCUCGCUAUCCAACCUGCGGCCCGACAGCCGCGGGCACGCGCGCGCCGUCACGCCGCCCGACGGCUCGCCCCAGUUCGGACCCUCGGGAAGCCCCUCGCACAGGCCGGUGUCUUACCACCACCAGCAGCAGAGGAGCGUCAGCACUAGCACCGUCAACCUCAACAACCCGGUUCAGGGGCGCGCGCCAAGUGCUUACCUCGAGGACAUGCUCGACGACCCCAACUCGCAGCUGCACUACCUCCCCGGUGGCGCCAGGGCCCAGGGGCAGAACCAGUCACCCAACGGUGGGAAGUUUUGAGCCCGAAUUUCGUGGUUGUGUCCAUCGUUAUAAUAUUAUUUUUUUCUUGUCAUGAUUUUCGGUUUGUCCGGGGCUGGUUUCUGCUGGCCUUUUUCCCUUCAUAGUCGCCUUUAUUAAUCAUACUCACGAUUUUAUUUGAAACAAGUUGGCAUUGGUACACUAUUUCGCCAGUGCUUAUUCGGAGGUGUUUUGGGCGUUUUGAUCUCGAUUGAAAGCAUUGCUGAAGAUGGAUGGUCGUUGGAUUUUAUGCGUCUGAUGCACGGUGUGUCAAGUCUUCAAUCAGGGGUUCAUCCUGCUUCUCUUAUCGUCUUUCUGUCUAAAGCUUUCAGAGAUGAGGUUCUGGUGCUUCACACAUCACAACUGUCAUUUCGUUGCUCAUCAGAUGAAUUUCUUUGGAGGUCAUGUGUUCUCGAUUCAGGUUAUUGGAGGGCAUUUGUGUUUCGUCCCAUAAGUUCAGAUUAAGGGGGUUCACAACUCGCAUUUUUUCCCCGUUAUUUCUUUAGCCCACUUGUAGGCUUGGUUCCGUUCUCGUCACCUGGCGUACCGGUUACGGUAUGUAAAAGGGUUCCCCUUUAUACUAUAACAAUUCCCGGCUAUUGAAAACACCGCAUUGGGACUAGAAAAUAGUAAAAUAAUCGAAAAUACCACUCCAACAAUGAUAUCAGAGAAUGGUCUGGGUGA